CUCAAUCCAACCUUGAAUUUACAUUACCACAAGUAUCAUUAUUUAUGAUUCAAACAGUUCUAAACUGGCCGACAUAGCUUUCAUAACUGUGCCGAGUUAGCCACUGGCUGGGUUAAUUAAUAUAAUGCUCACAUUAGUCAUAAUGAAACACUCGUGAACAGACAUCUAUUUGCUGUGACAAAAACUUAAUGAACAACUUUACGGCUACACGAACUACGGUAUGGAGACAUCGACCCCGACCACUGCUGGGGACUGUCUACAAGGAGUCUUCCAGCCUUUGGACUCUUUGAGUCCAGGUCUGGACUCCGAUUUCGAUGAGAGUCUGGCUAUACCUGAUUCUAUACAAAUAGAAAUAGAAAAAAUUAAAGAUGAACCCGAUUUUGCUCCAUCGAACUCAGUGCCUUUCAAAGCUAUCCACAACACACCUGUGAAGUUUAAGUCGGUGCAUAGAAAAGUGUUCAUACCGGAAGUUGAAAUACAAGUGAAAUUUACAGAAAACGAAAGAAGCGUCACUACACAUCUACUCAAUCCUAAUUUAUACACAAUCCAACUACAACAUGGCGACUUCACGUGGUCAAUCAAGAAACGGUACAAAGACAUCUUGUACCUCCAUCAGCAACUUAUACUGUACCGUGCUUCUCUCAAGAUACCGUUCCCAUCAAAAACUCACAAGUCGAGACGAGCCAGCUUCAAAAAUACGGUCAACACAGAGGAGGAAGCUGAGAAAGUGGUACUUGAAGCCCUGCCAAGGAAUAAUUCCAGAAAGAGAGAAGCGAAGCCGAGAAAAAGAAAGGGCGCACUGCCAAGGUUUCCAAAGAAACCUGAAGUUAUGAUUACAUAUGAAGGCAUCCAGUUGAGAAUGAAGCAACUGGAGGAGUAUUUGUUCAAUCUCCUUAACAUAUCCAUAUACAGGAAUCACCACGAAACGGUGGAGUUCUUAGAAGUGUCCAACUUAUCGUUUAUAUCGGAGUUGGGGACUAAAGGGAAAGAAGGCAUGAUUAUGAAGCGCACAGGAUCUACACAGCCGGGACAAGCCGGCUGCAACUGCUUUGGACUACUGGGAACUAUGGUGUGUGUCAGGUGUAACUAUUUCUGCACUGUGCUGGUCUGUGCCAAAUGGCAGGAGCGGUGGUUGUUCGUCAAAGAUACGUUCUUCGGAUACAUUCGACCGAGUGACGGCAUAGUAAAAGCUGUUAUGCUGUUCGAUCAAGGGUUCGAAGUGUCUAGUGGUAUGUACUCAACCGGGUUGAAUCACGGGCUGCAAGUACUGAACCACAGCCGGCAAAUGGUCAUCAAGUGCUGGACUAAACGGAAGAGCAAAGAGUGGAUGCAGUUUCUCAAAACCGUUGCCAAUCAGUCUGCACGUGAUUUCACGUAUCCUAAUGUCCACCACUCGUUCGCCCCUCCCCGGCCGGCCACUCCAGCAGCGAUCUUCGUGGAUGGUUCAUCCUACUUGUCAGCUGUGGCUGACGCUAUGGAACUAGCCAAGGAAGAGAUCUUCAUUGCGGACUGGUGGCUCAGUCCAGAGAUCUACAUGAAGAGGCCAGCUCUAAAUGGGAAUUACUGGAGGCUUGAUACCAUAUUAAAAAGAAAGGCUGAGCAGGGGGUGAAGAUAUUUAUAAUGCUCUACAAAGAGGUUGAGAUGGCGCUUGGCAUCAACAGUUUCUAUAGUAAAAGUAGAUUAGCCAGUGAGAAUAUUAAGGUUUUCCGUCAUCCAGACCACGCGAAGGCGGGCGUACUAUUCUGGGCACAUCACGAGAAGAUUGUCGUCCUGGACCAAACUGUGGCAUUUCUGGGAGGCAUUGAUCUCUGUUAUGGACGCUGGGAUGAUCACAGACACAGAUUGACAGAUCUGGGCAACAUAUCACAGCCGAAAUCAUCGAUAAAAAUGAAAAAGAAAACAUCGAGCUCCCCCGGCGGUGGCGGGUUAUGUUAUCCACAGGGCAACGGAAUCGAAGCCGCGAUCCUACUGGCCAAGACUUCCAAGGACAUUGUCAUCGGAUUGAAUGAAUCCAGCCUACAAGAAAAUAAAGAUCUGAACGAAAACGAAGAGGAAUCAGAGAAGGACUCCGUCGAAAUGGAACCCACUCAAUCUAACCUACCAGUAUUACAGCCCGGCGACCAGCUUCUUAUGCCUGCUCGCCCGGCGGACGUUGAUUUACAAGGAUUUGAAACACCAGAAGUACAAAAACGUAAUGUUCUCAACAAAAUAACGGACAGAGGCAAAGAUAUUAUCAGCAUAUUAUACCCAUCGUUUGAAGACGAAAGAAAUGAGCAGAAAUUCGACGAUGUGGAAAGAAAAAAAGCAGAGAAAUACGCGCUGUCUAAUGAUCAAGUGCUGUUAACAGAGGCGUUAGGGUUGCCAACAGCGAAAGUUAGUAGAAAAGUGAGUAAGCCUACGCCUCUAGCUCGAGUGGUGGAUGGUAGAGUGAUCACUGAGAGUACUAAAGACGCAUUGGAAGGACUUGAAGGAAAUUCGAAGCUGUGGAUAGGGAAGGACUAUACAAAUUUUAUAGUUAAGGAUUUCACAAAUUUAGAUCUGCCAUUUGUAGACUUAGUUGAUAGACACACAACGCCCAGAAUGCCGUGGCACGACAUCGGAGUGAUGGUACAAGAUGCUGCCGCUAGAGAUGUCGCCAGGCAUUAUAUACAGAGAUGGAACGCCAUCAAAUUGGAGAAGGCGCGACAGAACCCGAAUUAUCCGUAUUUGUUGCCAAAAUCGUAUACGGACAUAAAACCAUUACAAGAUCUGGAUGAACAUUUGAAUAUCGACGUUGUCAAAGUCUCGUGUCAGGUUCUCCGCAGCGUGUCAAGCUGGUCGUGCGGGUUCCUGGACCCUGACACGGUGGAGCAGAGCAUCCACGAAGCCUACGUGGAUACCAUCACACGCGCACAGCACUACGUCUACAUUGAGAACCAGUUCUUCAUCACACUCUCGAGAUCCAAUACUAUUGUACGGAAUCAGAUCGGUGAAGCUCUGUUCAACCGAAUAAUGCGAGCGGUGCGUGCCGGCACAACAUUUCGCGUGUUCGUGGUGAUGCCUCUACUUCCAGGCUUCGAAGGCGAGGUGGGAGCUCCCUCAGGAACUUCGCUGCAUGCCGUCACCCAUUGGAACUACCAGAGCAUCUCCAGAGGCCCAGAAGCGAUCCUGACACGACUGCAAAAGGCGGGGGUCACCAACCCCUCCGAUUACAUAACCUUCCACGGUCUCCGCACCCACUCGACCCUGGAGGAGGAGCCGGUCACGGAGCUGGUGUACGUGCACUCCAAGCUGCUGAUCGCCGAUGACAAGGUCGUCAUCUGCGGUAGUGCCAACAUCAACGACCGGUCCAUGGUUGGCAAACGUGAUUCAGAGAUCGCGGUUAUAUUGCAGGACGAGGAGUUCACGGAUGGAGUGAUGAACGGCGAGACGUUCCCGUGCGGGCGUGUGGCGGGGGCGCUCCGCAAGCGGCUGUUCAGAGAACACCUCGGGCUGAUGGAGGCCGACUUGGACGCUAUGGGGCUCUCGCUCGACGACCCGUGCUGCGAUCACUUCUACAAGAACGUCUGGCAGGCCACCUCGCUGCAAAACACCACCAUGUACGAGGAUGUAUUCCACUGUAUACCAACAGAUGCGGUAGGCUCCUUCGCAGAGCUCAAAAAGUAUCAAGAAGAUCACCGCGAGACGCUUUGGCACGUGGAUCGAGCGAUGGCGAACAGGAAAAUAGAUGUUAUACAAGGAUACGUUGUCGAUAUGCCGCUUAAUUUCCUCCACAAAGAAAGCUUGACACCCAGAAACACAUCUGUUGAAGGUUAUCUACCUACUUCUUUAUGGACGUAAUUUGUAAUCAUCUUAAGGUAAAGCGUCGGGACCUAAUUUACUGCCCUAAAUUACACCCAAAACAUUCUGUGUCAACUUAUAUUUCAAACUGACUCUCCAGUGAAGGAAACACCGAGUCUACCAAAAUGUUGGGGCCUAAUUUACUACCCUGAAUUACACCCAGAAAAAACGUUA